GCCCCCUCCCCACACAACAAAUGCCCAACAAAUUUCCCUUUCCCCAUUCUCUCUCUUUUUCCAUAUGAAAUACUACAACACUUGAUCCUUUUCUUUCCCCUCAUUUCUUUCAAUUCCCAAAACCAUCUGAAACACUAUGCAAGCUUAACUCGUACAUAGAUUUUCUUGAUACCCUUUCUUAUUUUCUUGAAGUUUUCAGCUUCCAAAUCAUCUUCUUUACAAAGCCAAAAUGAACUUAAGGUAUGCCCCCCAUAUAGCUUAUAUAGUUAUAUUCUUGUCUUUUCCUCUUCAGCUAGUGUUUUCCCAAUUGCCCACUGACCAAAUUAAUGCCAUGAGAAAGGUCUAUGAUAUGCUUCAGAAUGAUACUGCUACUUCUUUUAUAUGGGAUAGGAUUAAUAAAAGUUCAAAUCCAUGUUCUUGGAAAGGAAUUUCUUGCACUUCUAAUGAUUCUUCCAUUACCAAAGUUUCAUUUUCAUUGUUUUCAAUUUCUAGCUCUGAGGUCUUGCCUGUUAUUUGUCAAAUUAAUACAUUGGAGUCUCUUGAUAUUUCUCAGAACCAUUUGAGCUCAAUCCCAAGUGGGUUUAUUAUUGGUUGUGGGGGGGUUACUGGCUUAAAAUUAUUGAACUUUAGUAGGAAUAAAUUGGAGGGUUCUUUGCCUAAUUUCACUGGUUUUGGAAAGUUGGAGUCUUUGGACUUUUCUCAUAAUAACUUGAAUGGGAAAGUUGACUUGCAGUUGGAUGGAUUGAACUCACUCAAGAGUUUGAACCUUAGCUUCAACAAUUUUUCUGGUUCAGUUCCUACCAGUCUUGGAAAAUUUAAUCUUUUGGAGGAGCUUCAACUUUCUGCAAAUGUUUUUCAAGGUGAAUUCCCCACUCAAAUUGUGAACUUUGGCAACUUAACUUUGAUUGACCUUUCUCUUAACUCUCUAUCUGGCGUCAUUCCUGAUAGAUUAGGAGAACUUUCCAAAUUGCAAGUUUUGAUUUUAUCAGCCAAUAAUUUGAGUGGAACAAUCCCACAAUCCAUUGGGAAUAUCAAAACAUUGACACGUUUUGCUGCGAAUCAGAAUCAUUUUAUUGGAAAUAUACCCCUUGGCUUAACCAAGAACCUGAGGAAUUUAGACCUCAGCUUUAACAGUUUAACUGGUAUAAUACCUCAGGACCUGUUAUCCCCAAUGAACUUGCAGUUUCUUGAUCUGACUUCCAAUAAGUUGGAGGGACCUGUUCCUACGAACUUGUCGAUAAAUUCAAUCAGGUUGAGAUUGGGCCAAAAUGCUUUGAAUGGGUCGAUUACAUCUGUUUCUUUUGGAAUCCUUCAGAGUUUGACCUACUUGGAGCUGGACAACAACCAGCUAAGUGGACCAAUUCCUUCUGAAUUGGGGAAGUGCCAAAACUUGGCGCUUUUGAACUUAGCCCAGAAUAAGCUGAGUGGUGUUAUUCCAGUAGAGUUGGGUGAUAUUUCUAAUCUUCAGGUACUGAGUCUUCAGUCCAAUAACCUAGUUGGGGAUAUUCCGAGUAACAUUUCGCAGUUGAAUAGAUUGCAGAAGCUCAAUAUGAGCUGGAAUUCAUUGAAUGGCUCCAUACCAAGUUCAAUAGCCAGUUUGAAAAACCUCACAAACUUGAAUUUGCAGGGGAAUAAGCUAAGUGGUCAAAUUCCGCCUAACAUUAGUAACUUAAAUUUGUUGUUAGAACUCCAACUUGGAGGGAACCAACUUGGUGGGGUGAUUCCAGCAAUGCCGCUAAGUUUGCAGAUUGCUUUGAAUCUCAGUCACAAUCUCUUUGAAGGACCUAUACCAAUUACUCUAUCUAGAUUGACUUCAUUGGAAGUUUUGGAUCUCUCUUACAACAGGUUCUCAGGUCAGAUUCCCGACUUUCUGACUAAAAUGGGAGGCUUGACUAGGUUGGUGCUUUCAAACAAUCAACUCUCUGGAGUUCGUCCGGAGUUUGGAAGCUUUGUCAUUGUUGAGACAAGUGGAAAUAGGGAUCUGAUCAAUCCUUUCCCGAUCACUCCACCUGAAGCCGCAAAAAAGAGAAAAUCUAUAGUUAUUGCAGUUGUUGUCCCAAUAGCAGGCGUAGCGGUAAUUGCCCUUUUCACCUUGAUUGCUAUUUCAAUAUCUAGAAGAUAUUACAGGAUUAAUGAUGAUCAUUUUCACUCGGGAGAGGAAGGUUCUCAAUCCCCUGUCAUCCAGGGAAAGGUUUUGACUGCAAACAGCAUUCACAAGUCUAAUAUAGACUUCACGAAAGCCAUGGUAGUAGUGUCUGAUCCCUUAAAUGUUGUGUUCAAGACAAGAUUCUCGACCUACUAUAAAGCUGUUAUGCCGUCGGGGACAACCUAUUUUGUCAAGAAGCUUAAUUGGAGUGACAAAAUAUUUCAGUUGGGAGGCCAUGAACUAUUCGGGGAAGAGCUCAAGAAUCUCGGAAAGCUGAAUAAUUCAAAUAUCAUGAUUCCACUAGGCUAUCUUUUGGUUGCCGAUAGUGCUUAUCUCUUCUAUGAGUUUGCCCCUAUUGGCACCUUAUAUGAUGUUCUUCGUGGUAGCUUGGGAUACUCGUUGGAUUGGGCAAGUCGUUACAGCAUCGCUAUUGGAGUGGCUCAGGGUUUAGCUUUUCUACAUGGAUGCAACUCCGGUCCAAUCCUACUCCUCGAUCUUUCCAGCAAGAGCGUUCUCUUGAAGUCCCAGAAUGAGGCUCAGAUAGGAGACAUUGAACUCUACAAGGUGAUCGAUCCUUCAAAGAGCACAGGAAGCUUUUCUGCUGUUGCUGGUUCUGUCGGUUAUAUUCCUCCAGAAUAUGCAUACACAAUGAGAGUCGCAAUGGCGGGAAAUGUAUAUAGCUUUGGAGUUGUCCUGCUGGAAUUGUUGACAGGAAGGCCUGCAGUUAGUCAGGGAACUGAGUUAGCCAAGUCGGUGUUGAGCGACUCUGAGCAGCACAACAAGUGGGAUCACAUUCUUGAUUCUAGCAUUUGUAAGACGUCGCUCAACGUUAGGAGCCAGAUGUUAGCUGUCCUCAAAGUGGCUCUAGCUUGUGUUAGUAUCUCACCAGAAGGCCGGCCUAAAAUGAAGAGCGUGCUUCGGAUGCUUCUCAAUGCAAGGUAAUCGGGUGUCAAAUUAAACAAAAGUAAUGAGCGCGAAGAUGGUUUUUCUAUUAACUUGCUUUUCUUUCUGUUUUGGGGAGGAGCCACGAGCAGUGAAUGGGUUGUGAACUAUGCAUAAUAUGCCAGUUUUGCCAGUUUAUAUAUAUAUUAAUAUACAUGUAGGUAUAUGAUAGUAGCUACAUAACUUUGAAUAUGAUCUUAGUUCUCAUUGUAACAUAGUCCAUUUUUCUUGUUCAUGUGUAAUAUGUAUAAAAGGUCUUUUGGGAAUGGAUCCGAUUUAACUUCUUUCA